CUGGCUCUCUCUGCAUCUGUUUUGCAGAGCUCCCAAAUCGAGCAAUGUUAGGACAGAGUGUUCGGAGAUUCACAACCUCAGUAGUCCGGAGGAGCCACUAUGAGGGGGGCCCGAGGAAGAAUUUGCCUUUUUCAGUGAAAACCAAGUGGCGGUUAUUAGCGAUGAUGACGGUGUACUUCGGAUCUGGAUUUGCAGCACCUUUCUUUAUAAUAAGACACCAGUUGCUUAAGAAAUAAGCACUUGCUGAUACUUCUGAGGAACAGAUGAUGAAGAG